AUGAGGCACUGCCUUGACUGCGGCGUCCCGCUGCUGCCGGACCACACGCACCGGCCGGGCCCCCCCACCGGCCCCCCGGAGGGCCCCCCGCGCCCAGGAGACCCCGGGGCCGCGUCCCGCGCGGACGGGAGGCCGAUGAACCUGCUGGCCGUGCUGCAGGGGCGGCCGGACGGCGGCGAGGCCUGGGGCGGCUGCUGGCGCCGCGGGCGGGGGCGGCGGUGCAGCCUGGCCGUCGGGCUGGCCAUCAUGACCUUGGUGACGGCCUCCUACAUGCUCUCGGGGGCCCGCCAGGAGCUGCUGCUCGCCUCGCCCUUCCGCCUCGGAGCCUUCCCCGGCAGCCCCGGCCUGGGCGGCCCGCUGGGCGGCGAGGGCCCGGGCCCCGCCAAGGAGCCGCCCCCGCCGCCUGCCGGCAACCUCUCGGCGGCGCGGGAGGCCCCGGGCCUGCGGCUGGUCCUGGACAGCAUCGCCGCCAGGAUCGCCUUCACCGCCCGGCAGCUCCCGGGCGCCGCCGCCCUCCGCAGGCAGGAGCCCCACAUGUUCGCGGUCAUCCCCAGGAAGUUCCUGCCGGGCAGCCGCAGCCCGUGCUGGUACGAGGAGUUCGCGGGGCCCAACACCUCGGACCCGUACCUUGCCAACUCCUACGCCCUCUACUCCCGGCGCUUCCGUGCCACCUUCGACGCGCUGCGCAAGGCCUUCUGGGGGCAGCUGGCCCAGGCCGCCGGCCGCCGCUACCGCCUGCGCUGCCUGCCGCGCUUCUACGUCAUCGGGCAGCCCAAGUGCGGCACCACCGACCUGUACGACCGCCUGCGGCUGCACCCCGAGGUGCAGUUCUCCGCCAUCAAGGAGCCGCACUGGUGGACGCGCAAGCGGUUCGGCAUCGUGCGGCUGCGGGACGGGCUGCGGGACCGCUACCCCGUGGAGGACUACCUGGACCUCUUCGACCUGGCGGCUCACCAGGUCCACCGGGGCCUGCAGGCGGGCGCCACCGGCAGGAGCAGCCGCAUUGUCAUCGGGGAGGCCAGCGCGUCCACCAUGUGGGACAACAACGCCUGGGCCUUCUUCUACGACAACAGCACGGAUGGCGAGCCGCCCUUCCUGACGCAGGACUUCCUCCACGCCCUGCAGCCCGACGCCCGGCUCAUCGUGAUGCUCAGGGACCCCGUGGAGAGGCUGUACUCGGACUACCUGUACUUCGCCUCCUCCAACAAGUCGGCCGAGGACUUCCACGAGAAGGUGACGGACGCGCUGCAGCUGUUCGCGGCCUGCCUGCUGGAGGCCUCGCUGCGGGCCUGCGUGUACAACAACAGCCUCAACAACGCCAUGCCGGUGCGGCUGCAGGUGGGGCUGUACGCCGUGUACCUGCUGGACUGGCUCUCCGUGUUCGACAGAGACCAGCUGCUCGUGCUGCGCCUGGAGGACCACGCGUCCGACGUCAAGGCCAGCAUGCGGAGGGUCUGCCAGUUCCUUAGCCUCGGGCCGCUGAGCGAGAAGCAGGAGGCCCUGAUGACCCGGAGCCCCGCCUCCAACGCCCGGCGCCCCGAGGACCGCAGCCUGGGGCCCAUGUGGCCGCUCACCCAGCGCCUCCUGCGCGACUUCUACGGACCCUUCAAUGCCCGGCUGGCCCAGGCGCUGGGCGACGAGGCCUUCGCCUGGAGGAGGACGUGA